GCUCGACACGUCCGCAAUUGCGCUCGACCGGCUCGACUGUUGACACCAACUAUUGACGUAAUAAUGAAUAGAGAGUGACAAUUAAAGGACAAGAAUAAACGAGAAUAUGGCGCUAUUGCAACAAUUUGCGGAUUUGUUGAGCGUGAUAACGAUUAGCUUGUGCUUCAUAUUGAAAAUUCCACAGAUACUAAACUUGAUUUCCUUAAAAUCAGCUAAUGAAAUAUCAAUAAAGGGAUUAGUUGCAGAAUUGAUAAGUUACACUUUGAUGACUAGUUAUAACUUUGCGAAUAAUUACUCGUUACUAUCCUACUUGGAAUAUCCAAUAAUAAUAGUGCAGCAGUAUAUACUGAUAUUCCUUGUGCUAAAAUAUUCGCACAAGAUCAAUUUGUGGUCCUUUUCUUGUGCUAUAAUAUACUUUACACUGAGCAGAUGUCUUCUACUAGGAACUAUUCCAAAAUCUGUACUUGAUAAUUUGGUGCCAAUAUGUAUGCCACUCUCAACUACCAGUAAAAUCUGCCAGCUGCAAACUAUACUUGAAACUAAAAACGCAGAAUCGAUAUCGCUUCUCACUUGGUUUUUAUCCUGCUUCACUAAUCUGACGAGAGUAUUUACGAUAUUGGUGGAGUCUGCUGAUGUAUACCUAGCAGGAUACUUUCUAAUCUCGAGUAUACUGAGUCUUAGCAUCAUGGCCUCUGCCUUUUAUUAUAAAUACCGCCCGUUGAAACAGGAAUAAAUGAAUACUUAAUAGAAGAAUUAUAUAUUUAGUUGCAAACACAUGCUAUGAAAUUGACAAAUGAAAUUGA